AUGGGCAAUAAUUGCUGCUUUAGCAUGAAAUAUAGAAUAGAAAAUGGAGAAAAAAGGGAAAUAUUAUUAGUUUAAUAAUAAUCUAUAGUGGAUGAUAAACAAAUAGAUCUAAAUGAUAGCAAUCCAUAAUUGACAAACAAAGAACAUCCUUCUAGUUAAUCAAGUUCUGUAUAAAAUAGCUCAAGAGCAUAUAAAAAAAAUGAUAUGAAUACUACUUAAAAUACGACUACUGAUCAAAAAUCUACCUAAGCCUGUCCCUAAAGUGGAGAAGUAAAUUAAGGCUUCAAUUAAAAAAAAGCAUCCCCUCCUAUUGAGAAUGAAAACUAGUUUUAUUCACAGGAUAAACAUUUGAUUAGACCAGACUUUCAUGUGUUUAAUGAAAUUUUUUAAAAACAAGCAAGCAAACCUUUAUCAGCUUCCGAAAAAUAAAUAUAAAUGGAAAAAAAAUUAACUAUGCUAGAAAACUAUAUAAAUGAUUAGUAGCAACCUGAAUAUAAUUUCAUGCUAGUACAGCAAUAACCAUCUAUAACAAAUUAAUUUAAUUGCGAAAAAGAUGUAGACGACAAAUCUAUAAAAUAAGAUUUACCAAAUGCAACACCAUAUUAUAAAACUAUAGAGUCUUAGUAUUUUGAUAAGUUUUCUUUUGAUGCUUUUUUGAAGGUUAUAGAUUAAAUGUAAUAAAAUUCUUUGAAAGAUGGUUCAACAUAAUCUCUGAGUACUUCCAUUAAUUAAUUGAAUACUAUAAAUUAUGAUAAGUUAAUCAAAACAUAUGAUAAUGGAGAUGUUUAUAUUGGUAAUUUAAAUGAAAAUAAUCAAAGAGAAGGCCAUGGAAAGUUGCUAGGCUAAAAUGGUAUAUACUAUGAGGGAGAAUGGGGUAAUGACAAAUAUGAUGGUAAGGGUACUUUAAUUGAAUUUGAAAAAAGUUGCGUAAAGGGAAAUUUUAGAAAUGGUCUACCUCAUGGUAACUGCUUACAAAUAAAACUAAUCAAAAAGCCAAAAGAGUACAAGAAAAGAGAAACCAACGACCUUGAUUUUGACGAGUGGUCUAAAAAAAAUUCCUUGCUUACAAUAAAUAGUGAAUUUCAGAGUUUUUUAAUUGUAAAGUAUAAAGGAGAAUUUUAUAAUGGACUUAAGUAAGGUAAUGGUGAAUUAGUCAUAGAAAAAGUUUUGAGAUAUGUUGGAGGAUUUGCAAACGAUAAAUUUGAAGGAUAUGGAAUAUGUGUCUAUACAAAUGGAAACAUUUAUGAAGGGUAAUGGGUCAAUGAUAAAAGAGAAGGCAAAGGAUCUGAAAUAUGGAAAAGUGGCAAACAGUAUUAAGGUGAAUAUAUGAAUGAUUAAUUUCAUGGUUAUGGUUAAUUAGUAAAUGAGAAAGAAGAAAUUUAUGAAGGUUAUUGGUACAAAGGAGAAAUGGAAGGUCAGGGAAUAUUAACUAAACCAAACAAAAAUCCUAUAUAUGGUCAGUGGUAAAAUGGUACUCUAGUGUCAUGUAUUCCAUUAUGA